AUGAUACGCAACGCAGCUUUAUUUUUUGCCGCAAUAGUCACCAGCCAUCUUUGUUUGGCUAAUCCUGUUCCAGACCCAGACCCACUCCACCGCACUCAUGUCAGAAUCCACAUUCCACACGAAGUCCAUACUGUUCACCAUCAUCACGUGGAAAAAGUUCCCAUAAUACACCAGGUGCCCAUCAUAAAGGAGGUUCCUGUAGUGCAUCGAGUUCCGAUAGUAAAAACAGUGCCUAUAGUAAACACUGUGCACGUACCGGUCGUAAAAACUGUUGCUGUAGAUAGACCUGUUUUUAUACCAGUUAAGGAACACUUAAGUUUAUGGCAC